AGCUGAUAUCCAGACAAAUCCGGGUUAGGUAUCCAAACCCGGAAUACAGAAACCCCCUUCUUCGUCAAUUUCACCGUUACGCUCUAAAAAAUAGUUUGUAUUAAGGAAAAAAAAAAAGCCCUAAAUUAAAAAUAAAAAAAUUAAUAAAAAGCUGAAAAUAGUGCAAAAAAUAAAUUUCCUCUCCGAAAAUUUUCAACUUUAUCAGCGUUCUUCAUCCUCGCAGAUUCUCUUUCCUAAUUUUGCCUACUCUCUCACUAGAUCUGCUUUCACUCUCGAAAUCUUGAUCAAUUACAUAUAUAUUAGUAUAUACGUAUACAUACGAGCGAGCGAGUGUUGUACACACACAUCUCUAAUCGUGAUGAAAAAAUAGACUAUAAUUUUUCAAUUUUUUUUUUAUUUUUCCUCGAGCGUUUUUUUUUUUUUUUGCUUCUUCUUCUAUGGCGGAUGCACUAUCUGUGAUUCCUGCGGCGGUUCUCCGCAAUCUCUCCGAUAAGCUAUACGAGAAGCGCAAAAAUGCUGCCCUGGAGGUGGAAGGGAUAGUGAAGCAAUUAUCAGGGACCACAGACCAAGAUAAAAUCAAUGCAGUGAUCAAUUUGUUGAUAAAUGAAUAUACGUACUCGCCCCAAGCGAAUCAUCGUAAAGGGGGUUUGAUAGGAUUGGCGGCAGCUACAGUGGGUUUGACCUCAGAAGCAUCACAGCAUCUUGAUCAAAUAGUUCCACCAGUGUUGAAUUCCUUUGGUGAUCAAGAUAGCAGAGUUCGUUAUUAUGCCUGUGAAGCAUUGUAUAACAUUGCGAAGGUCGUGAGAGGCGAUUUUAUAGUGUUCUUCAACCAGAUAUUUGAUGCGCUAUGUAAGCUUUCAGCAGAUUCAGAUUCCAAUGUACAGAGUGCUGCUCAUCUUUUGGAUAGACUUGUGAAGGACAUUGUCACUGAAAGUGAUCAAUUUAGCCAAAAGGACUUUGCGAGUGAAUGUCUGAACCCUUAUGUCCGCCAGUUUUUGGUCGGAUGGAUUACUGUUCUGGAUAGUGUUCCUGAUAUUGAUAUGCUUGGGUUUCUUCCUGAUUUUCUUGAUGGCUUAUUUAACAUGCUAAGUGAUUCUAGCCAUGAAAUAAGGCAGCAAGCUGAUUCGGCGCUUUCUGAGUUUCUUCAAGAAAUCAAGAACUCUCCAUCUGUAGAUUAUGGUCGCAUGGCUGAGAUACUGGUACAAAGAGCAGCUUCACCUGAUGAAUUUACUCGACUGACUGCUAUUACCUGGAUUAACGAGUUUGUAAAACUUGGCGGGGACCAACUUGUUCCUCAUUAUGCCGAUAUUCUUGUUGCAAUCCUACCUUGCAUAUCAGACAAGGAAGAGAAAAUUAGAGUUGUUGCACGUGAAACAAAUGAAGAGCUUCGGGGAAUCCAAGCUGAUCCAGCUGAAGAAUUUGAUGUAGGAGCGAUCCUUUCUGUAGCUAGGAGACAUCUAUCCAGUGAAUGGGAGGCUACACGUAUCGAAGCACUGAACUGGAUAUCAACACUAUUAAGUAAACGUCGGGCAGAGGUUCUAUCAUUUCUGAGUGACAUUUUUGAAACACUCUUAAAGGCACUUUCAGAUCCUUCUGAUGAGGUAGUGCUUUUGGUACUUGAGGUCCAUGCACGCAUAGCCAAAGAUGAUAAACAUUUUCACCAGCUCAUCGUUUAUUUAGUUCAAAAUUUCAGGGUCGACAACUCUCUCUUAGAAAAGCGGGGUGCUUUGAUUAUCCGUAGGUUAUGUGUACUCUUAGAUGCUGAGAGAGUUUAUAGGAAGCUUUCCACUAUACUUCAAGGAGAGUCUGAUUUGGAGUUUGCAUGUACAAUGGUGCAGGCUUUGAAUUUGAUUUUGCUCACUUCAUCUGAGCUGGCUAACCUUCGGGAUCUACUGAAAAAAUCCCUGUUCAAUGAUGCUGGAAAAAACUUAUUCCUCUCUUUAUAUGCAUCAUGGUGCCAUUCACCAAUGGCUAUUAUUAGUCUUUGCUUAUUGGCUCAGACUUACCAGCAUGCAAGUUCUGUCAUUCAGUCUUUGGUUGAGGAAGAUAUUAACGUGAAGUUCUUAGUCCAAUUGGAUAAAUUGAUCCACCUUCUGGAGACUCCUACUUUUGCUUACCUUAGACUACAGCUUCUUGAACCGGGAAGGUAUAUAUGGUUGUUGAAAGCAUUGUACGGUCUUCUGAUGCUACUUCCUCAGCAAUGUGUAGCAUUCAAGAUUCUCAGGACUCGAUUAAAAACCGUACCUUCAUACUCCUUUAGCGGUGAACAAUUCAAGCAACUGUCAUCAGGAAAUGCUAUUCCGGAAGUUAACAACUUUGUCGGAUCACAAGUUUCCGAGGAGGCUGCUGCUACAAAGGAAGAUCAAAAGAAUGUGCAUAAUGGAAUAAACUUUGCUCAAUGGCAGCAGCAGUUUGAGAAAGUCCAGGAGCAGCAUCGAGCCCAUUCCAAGUCUGAAGCACUAUCUCGUAGCAAUUCUACUUCGUCCGCAAAGGAAAUGCAAAGACCAGAAGAACCGAAGAGGCCUUUGCCAGCGGCAGAUAUGAACAGACCUCCAUCAAGAUCUUCGCGCAGAGGUCCCGGACAACUGCAGAUUUAAUUAUUAUUAUCAAGGUUAAUAUAUACAUCGAUCGACCUCAGUAUUGAAAAAGCCCAGUGAGAUUCAAUCGCCGAAGAAAGAAAAAAAAAUGUAAAUUGUAUAUUCCAGUAGCUUCUUUAAUUGAAAGACGAGUGUUUUCGGGAUGGUGGGCAGUUGGAUUUAUUAUUACUUAGCGUGCUUGGAUGUUGCCAAGCAAUUAUUAUUAUUAUUAUUUAUUAAUUUUUUUUUCUUUACUGAAAAGAGAUGAUAUAAUACCCCAUGAGGUUCUGUUGUUUUUAUUGGAAAACCAAUAAUGGGCAAGGUAGAUAUUUAGGGAUUUGAAUUUGAGUUUGUGUCGAUGAUUAUUUAAUUAUAACUCAUAAUUCUCCUGCUACAACCGAUUAUUAAUAAAUAGACUUCUAUUUUGUGCUGUUUC